AUGGCGGUUCUUGGUCAUGAAAGAAACUACAUUAUAGAUGUAUCCACCCCUGAAACGCUGGAACGAGAUUUUUAUGCUUGGCUUAAUGGUGAUAUCAAUUAUGACUUCCAUUACUCCAAUACUUUGCCACAAUUAACUACCAGUAACACGCAUGACCAACUGUCGCUGUGCGACGAUCUGUUCUCAGAUGUCAGUUCAUCAGGCGAAAGUCGCCCGUCAUCAAUUUCAUCCGAUUGCUAUGAAUACAGAUUGCCACUUGAAGUGGAACAGAAGCAAAAUACUUCAGUUUGUCAACACCGAAGUUCAGGUACUAAUCAGUUAGGACGAACUUACAGUCCUGGCUUACCGUUAUCAAUGGCCGAACGUGAACACAUUGUUGCGUUAUAUACCAAUGGUUGGAAGAUCUGUGACAUAUCUAAGCGUUUAUGUGUCACUCAUAGCUGUGUUUCCAAAAUCCUAAACAGAUAUCGGAUGACCGGUUCUGUACGACCAAAAGAUGCUAAGGAAGGAAGGGCCGAAUCACCACUAGUAGUCGCAAUUCGUGACUACAGAUUCAGGUUAGGAAUAACUAGGCAAUCUGAGAUCCGAGAGCAACUUAUUGCUGAUGGCAUAUGUACACGUGAAAAUGUUCCCUCUCGAUCAUCGAUCAACCACAUCCUUCGGACAAAACUCGAUCUGGGGAAACGAAUAUCAUCAGCUAAAGAACAAAAUGCUAAAAAAUUAGCUAUGUAA